GUGCACGGAAACGUCAAACGUUAUUCGCCAUCUGUAAACUCAAGAGUUUGUUUAAAAAUGACUGAAGAGAAGAUUGGUUCCUUGGAAGAGGAAGCUCUGAAGAGAAAAGAACGGCUGCAGGCGCUUAAGAGGAAAAAUGAAGAGAGCAAGGAGAACAACAGCGAUGGAGCUGAGAGUUUGCCAAAACCGAAAUUCCGGAGUUACAAGCCACAGGACGAAAACUUGAAGAACAAUGUGAUAGAGGACGCUAAACCGAGUGAUGUAGAGGCUGUAGUCCAAGAACAACUGGAUGCUGCAAGCAGCAAAGUGGUCAUCGAGGAACUGAACAUUAGCAAUCUGGCACCCAGGAAAUUAGACUGGGACUUGAAGCGAGAUAUAGCCAAGAAAUUGGAGAUUUUGGAAAGGAGAACACAGAAGGCUAUAGCUGAGGAAGUGAGAACACGUCUCAAACAAGGCCAACAAGACUUGGCAGCCUAUGUGAAUGUGCCUGACAAAGGAUAGGACUGCCAUUAUCGAUGAAUAUGUAUAUUUUGUAAUAAAUUAUAUACUUUCAUAGACUA